UAGGCCCAACCUGUUCUAGUUCAGCAGGAUCACAGGCCCCUGGAGAAGCAGAGGCCUCCAGACCCCCAACCACCUCCCAGCGCGUGAUGGCAGAGACCCCAGCUCCCAUGGCCAGGCCUAGGAAGCCCGGGGCUGGGGAGGCCCCGGAGGAGGAGAGAGAAGAAGAGGGGGGCUCCGUGAGGCUACGGGCAGAGAUGCUGGAGCAGGCCCAGGAGCUCUUUCUGCUGUGUGACAAAGACGCCAAGGGCUUCAUCACUCGGCAUGACCUGCAGGGCCUGCAGAGCGACCUGCCCCUCACACCCGAGCAGCUAGAGGCUGUGUUCGAAAGCCUGGAUCAGGCCCGCACAGGUUUCCUCACCGCUUGGGAGUUCUGCCUUGGCCUGGGGAAGUUUGUGGGCGUGGAGUCACCCCAGGGCACACUGCCCUCCCAGGUUCCGGAGGAAACCUUUGAGUCGGGCUGGUCAGACGUGCAGGGCACUGGGGGCUCCCUGGAAGAAGAGGAAGAGGAGAGAUUCUGCGAAGCACUGGAGCAGCUGGGGGUGGCCCCAGUCCUGGGCGAGCAGCGAGCGGUGCGGACGCUCUGGACUCGGCUGCAGCGCGAGCAACCGGAGCUGCUGGGCGCCUUUGAGGACGUUCUGAUGCGCGCGUCGGCCUGCCUGGAGGAGGCAGCCCGAGAGCGCGACAGCCUGGAGCAGGCGCUGCGGCGGCGGGAGAACGAGCACGAGAGGGAGGUGCGGUGUCUGUACGAGGAGAUGGAGCAGCAGCUUCGCGAGCAGCGCCAGCGCCUCCGGAGUCAGGACCUGCCCCAGGGGGAGCGCACCGGCCUCCUGGAGCUGGAGCUGCAGAACCGCGAGCAGGAGCUGGAGAGGGCAGGCCUGCGGCAGCGGGAGCUGGAGCAGCAGCUGCAGGCCCGGGCCAGCGAGCAGCUGGAGGCGCAGGCGCAGAACGCCCAGCUGUGGCUAGCCAACGAGGCGCUAAGAACUCAGCUGGAGGGGGCGCAGGAGCAGCUCCACCGGCUGGAGGGCGACGUGCGGGGCCGCCGGGAGCAAACCCUACGGGAUGUGGUCACUGUCUCGAGGAACAUGCAGAAAGAGAAGCUCAGCCUCCUGCGGCAACUGGAACUGCUCAGGGAGCUGAACGCGAGGCUGCGGGAUGAGAGGGACGCCUGUGAGGACAAGCGGCUCGCCAGUGGUCGAAGGAAAGCUCUGGCCAUGGCCCGCUUGCCUGGCCCCCCCUGCUGCUGCGGCUGCGGCUGGGCUCGCCCCCCGAGACGAGGCUCUGGCCACCUUCCCAGUGCCCGCUGACCACCCCCGAGAGACUCGCGGGGCGCUACAUGGAGAGGCCACACUUGAAGGCGAUGCGUCGUGGCGAGGGGCUGCUCAUCCAGCACGUGAGCUCUGGGCAGUGCACUGCCAGGCCUGCCUGCGGGAGACGUGAAGGCUUGAACCUAGGAGUGGUCGCAGUCUCAUGUACCUCCCUGCUGGGCCGCAUCCUAUCCCCAUCCCAUCAAAUCCAUCUCUCACCAGCAGCAAAACUCCCUCCUCCUAAUAAAGUCCAUCGACUGCA